AAUGGUCUCCACCAGGUUAUAUCGUGAGUAUUUUAUGGUCUCCACCAAUUUAAAACAUAACCUCACUCUGAGGCAAAACGAAUGCACGCGUUUAAUAAAGACAACGCAUAACUAAGAACAGUUAUACGAAGUAGUGCAUUAAAUUAGUGCGGGGUGAGAAGUAAUUCUGUCGAAAGCCCAGCAACUAGCACAAGUCUGACCGUCCUUAAGAAAUAAAAACGACGACGCAAGAGUUUCUUCCCAACUCAGACCUGAAUUACGAGAAUAUGGUUUGAUAACAAAAUAUGAUACAGAGUAUAUAAUAACGUGAUACGGUUUGUCCAUUUGUAACCACACAAAUAUAAAAAAUAUGUUGCACUUUUGCCUUUUAUACCCCCUUUCUGUAAUGCAAUACAAACAGUGCUGCCACUUUGUUUACAAUUUGCCAAAAUAUGUUGAAACUACUAAAAAUGUCAACUGUAAAUGGUAAAAAGUUCAUUUUGCAAACCCCUUUUCCAUUUUUACACUUUUUUGCAUAGAUAGUGUGUUAAAUGAAAACAAAAGUGCAUUUACAUACAUUACAGAUUAAAAAAAGAAAAAAGUAAAAACAUUAAAACAUUUUGAAAAGUUUCGCAUUGCCAAUUUGCAUCUGAACUUAACUAAAAUGGCAAUGGAAAUAAAAACUGAGUACGAAACCGAAAUUGGUCCAACACAAGUGGUAUUUGAAGUUAUUGAUGUACCAAAUACCACCAAAAAGAUUGUCAUAUGGUCAGAAAGUGAAACACAACAGCUAUUGGAUCUUUAUGAAAAUUUCUACCCGCAAGUUGGUCCACAUAUGAGAUUUAAACACAAAAAAGAUAUGUGGACCGAAAUUGCUACACAUUUUCCUGGAAGACAUCGUAAACAAUGUGAGGAACGUUAUAAGACUGUUCUGAAGAGAAAGAAAAAAGGUUUACCUGAGGCGAAUGUUUUAGAAGCAGAGGAAUGGGAGGAAAAUCCCAUAAAAACGAUGAAAAUACUUGAAGAAGAACGAGCAGCUGAGGAACAAACAAAAACGUUUAGGAAUGUUAAUAUGUGGACCAACAGUGAGACGAGGCUGCUUAUGAGUCUUCAUAGGACCUUAAUAAAGGAGGUGGGAAAAAGAUUUACAUUUCAAAAAGAUAUGUGGCGAGAAAUAGCUACAAAUUUUCCCGGCAAGCAACCAAACCAAUGUGAACAGCGUUACAAAACUGUUCAAAAGAGAAAAAAGAAAUGUGUAUAUACAAAGAGCAGAAGGAAAACCAACGAUUUUAAAAACAAAGAUUCUGUUGGAAAUAGUAUAUGGAGAAACAAUAGAAUUGCUAAAAACCAUAUAAAUAAAUGUACUAAUGAUACAGAAAUGGAUGAGCUUAUUACACUAGGAGAGGAAGUUAAUAACGUACCGAAAACUAUGGAAGUUAUUACGGAGAAUAUUAGUGAUAUAUAUACUAAAAUACCACAGUCCAGCACUACUAAAGAGCCUUUUAAACAGGAACGAAAAGAUCUUAGUUUAGCGGAGAUUUUGUGGGAAAUAGCGGCAAAAAAGGAAGAAGCUAAGGAAAGACGUCAUAGAGAAAGAAUGGAAGCUACUAAACAAUUACAGAAUAUAUUACAACAAAUCUUGAAUUCAAAAAAUAUAUCAUAGUAAUAAAAAAAUUUAAUUUGCUA